AUGGAACAGUGCUCUCGAUACGAAACAGCUGAUUAUUCAAUCAAAAUUUCGUUGUUAAAGUGCGAAGUACAGUUAUCUCGGAUUCAACGUACAUGUACAGUUCGAUUGAUGGUAUCUUAGUGGAAAAUAUGCAUGACAUUCCAUAUGUAAGGCCCAAAGAUUUAACACCUGAAAUUACAGCAAUGAUGACCAGGAUUUGCACAGAAAUAAGAAAAAUAUUACCUGAAAAUAUACCUUGUGGUAUACAGAUUUUAGCUGGAUGUAACAAAGAAGCAAUAGCUGUGGCAAAGGCAGCAAAUUUUCAAUUUAUUAGAGCAGAAGGAUUUGUUUUCUCUCAUAUUGCUGAUGAGGGCUUUACAGAUGCAUGUGCUGGCACUUUGUUGAGAUACAGAAAACAGAUUGACGCAGAUGAUAUUCUUAUUUUUGCUGAUAUUAAAAAGAAGCAUAGUUCACAUGCAAUCACUUCUGAUGUAAGUUUAUCAGAGGCAGUAAAAGCAGCAAAAUUUUUCUUAGCUGAUGGAAUAAUACUGACAGGGGCCGCCACUGGUGAUCCAGCUAAUGUUUCAGAAUUUACAGAGAUUAAACAAACCAUUGAAAUACCUGUUCUUAUUGGCUCUGGUAUUACAAAAAACAAUAUAAAAGAUUAUUUAACAUCUGACGCAGUAAUUGUUGGAUCACAUUUUAAAGUUGGUGGAACUUGGGAAAAUAAAGUUGAUAAAGAGAAAGUGAAGAAUUUAAUAGGGAAGUUAAAAAUGUUACAGGAGACGCACUAAUAUUUACUUUUAAGAAAAUCAGAUUUUUUUAAAUACCAUUUUUGUAUUCAUUUGUAAUUAUAAUUAAAGAUAUACUGUGUGUUUUCUAGAAUUUUUUACGUUUCUUAUUAUUGCUAAACCGAGUUGAUAGUUAAUUAAAAAUUGUAAAAUGAUUGAAAAAAUCAAUUACAAUCGUCAGUUUCAUGGAACCUGUCCUCUAUAGUACAUGAAUAAACUUU